AUGGCGACUACGCUCACCAGAACCAUCUCAGAGAAGCGAAUCGGCACAACUUCUCCAUUCAACGCUCCAUUAAAACAAUCAGCAUCUGAUCUGGAUGAACCAAGAAUCUUACAUUCGUUCAAGAAAUCACCCAGAUUAUCCAUCACUACAUCGAGAGAUUCGCCACAAAACACUUCGCUUGAUCCAGCCACUGACUCUCUUCAGACAUUUGAUCUGAAUGACAUUCCAAACAAGCACCAUGCUGAUCUUGCUCGAUUUUACGAAGAUUUUCGUUGCUUUUUAAUGGGUGAUGAUGAAGAUGGAGUAUUCUCGACUUCAUCCUCUCCUAACAAUUCUCCCAAAUCUAAUCGUGACACUGCUGGAAUGUCACCUCUUUCUCCCCGAAGAUCCAUUUCAUCAUCAGUAACAAACACAAUUUUGAAAAAGAAGAAGAAACAACUGGUUGAUUUUACCGAGGUCUGUAUCAGAAAGAGAAAUAUUUCUACAGAAUUUGUGAUCGAUCUUGCGGUUAAGUUUCACCAACAAAUAAUUCCUAAAGAUAACCGACACUUGCUCAAAUCUUUCAAAGACAGUUUUACAGGUCGUGAAGCUGUCACACUCAUGUGUCAGUUGAUAAAUGCAGAACAAGUGACCAAUGUCCAAGAAACUCUUCCAGGAAUUUCAUCAAUAGAAGAGGCAAGACUACUUGCACAAUCUCUGUGUCACUUGAUGCUUCACUUUAGAUUUAUAUUUCACAUGACACACAAGAAACACUUUAAAGACUCUGGCUACUCUUUCUAUGGACUUUGCAAGAAUUUAAAGAAAGCACAAACUGAUUUCAUUUCUGAUUUCACCAAACCAGCCUCGCCAAAAAUCGAGCAGAUUGCCAGCACAUCCACUGCUCCGCUUGCAAAAAGAAAAUCAUUUUCUUUUAGUCUUUCGCUUAACUUGAAGAAGUUGCAAGAGGUGAAAGAAAAUACAGUGGACAGUGACGACGAAGAUUGUUGCAUUGAUACCACCAAUGUUCAACCAUUCGUUCUUUCAAAAAACAUGCCUUCCAAUCAUCACAGAUCUUCAGUGAGCUCAUCCACAGAGACAACUCCAAAAACACCAACAGGAACCAUCUCUAAGAAGAACAACAAACGAAACACUCUAAUGAUCCCCAAGUUAAAUUUCAAUCACAUUCUUCAUUUGAACAAUCACCAUCAUCAUGAUACUUCUGAUGACAACGCUCCCAAGUCUGAAGUGAUAGAAAUUAGUAAGCCAUUCGACUUGGAAUUUUCAAUUUUGCAGAGAAAAGAACUUUCUAACUCAGUCACCACUCAACAUGAUUCUUCCGAUGAGGAAAAUCAAAAUAAUGAUUCCUGUAAAGGAACCAAUACCACCAAGAGGCCAUCACCUCAAAAAAGCAGCUCUGCUGACAUGACUACUUGUCAAGUCGCCUUAAAUGGUAACACAAGGUCACGAAGAUCAUCGCUUUCACAACUAUUAAGUGACAAUUAUAUGAGAGAACAAUUUAAAUUGUACUCACGAGACGAACUCUCCUCAGAAAAUGUUAUUUUCUAUGAGGAAGUUCUUAAAUUUUUGAAUUCGCUCUUUCUUUCAGAGGAAGAGCAACGAAAAGUUGCAAUUAAUCUCUAUGAAUUGUUUGUUCCAACAACCUCACUUUAUCAGCUGAAUCUUCCAAGCAAACUCAUUUUGAAAUUCAAUAAGGAAUAUGAAACUAACUUUGCUAACACUGCUAAUGUGGUGUUACUUUUCAAAGAGGCAUUAAUUGAAACUGAGCAUUCCAUGCAUGACACUUACAAGAGAUUCCAAUUCACAAAGGAAUAUCAACAAUACAAAUUGAGAAAGCUCUUACAUGACAAAGAUGAAAGAAGUGAUGGUUUCAACACUUCAAGAUAUUAA